ACCAGCUGGGAUCAGAGGGAUGGAGAGGGUUGUUAGCUCACUCUGCCUCUAAUAAAUUUAUAACACCUCCUAGUGUAAAGCAGUCCAAGAUGCUUACACUGGUUUAUUUUCGCGCUAUUAGUAGAAUUUGAAAGUCAGCAAUAAUUGUUUUAUGGCCAUCUGGCUUUUACAUAGUAUUUCUAAGUUAGUCAUCUGUUUUUAUUUAUGGAGUUUAUUGUUGUAACACUUAAACUUGUGAAUUUUUUAUGAUGCUCAGUGCAUGUGGUAGCCAAUUUGUUGUUUCCUAAUUUAUAUCUGGACUGUAUAGCUCUUUAGUUUCACUUCUGUCAAAACGUCACACUUUAUAUCACUUAAAAAGCCUACAGAUUUGUUUUAGUUACUUUUCUUCACGUCUUUCGGGCGUGUGCCGCCUGUUAAUGUGCACACAGUAGGUCAGCAGCCUUAAUGGGACUGAAAAGAUAGAACACAUGCUGUCAUGUUUGUAGGAGGUCUCUUUUUCCCUCCCUCCCUCUUUCUCUCUUCCUCUCUCAGUGACUGUAUGUCUCUCUCUCACUCUGUGCGUGAGCGGGUGUUACUGAACAUACAGUGAUUGUUAGUAAGAGCCAGUGGGGCAUCUGUAUUAUACCGGAGACUCAUUUAAAGAGAGCUUUGCUUGGUCUACAUAGAAAUCGAGGCAUACAAGUCAUACUAGGUCAGCUCACCUGAAGACUGAAGUCAUCUCUGAGUGUAAGACAUGGACUGUCACAAUGAGGAGUGCAGCCGGCCCCAGGAGGAGGAGGACAUCAUGGACAUCCCACUGGACGACCCAGAGGCCAACAGGGCCGCCGCCAAGAUCCAGGCUGGUUUCCGUGGGCACAUGACCCGUAAGAAGAUGAAGCCGGAGGACAAAGCGGAAGGGGAGGAGGUGAGCAGCACUGGGGAUGUGCUCAACGGCAGCCAGGGGGACGCAGAGACAGGAGGAUCGGGGGCAGUAGAGAGCGACGACACAUCUGUGCCAGAGCAGUGACGCCCCUGUCCUGACCUGGAUGAAGAGAAAAAGGGGAAGCAAGGUAGCGGAAGAUGGUUGACAGAAGCUGGCUGGGCUGGCUUUCAGGCACACACCUUUUUACCCCAGGAGGCAUUUUCUUUUUCGACACAAAUUAGCAGUAGAAAAUGAACCGUUUUGAGGGUGUGUUAUGUGAAUUUUGUGAACUUUAACACUCCUUCUCUGCUUCUUCAGCAGUCUCAUCAGUACGGAUGUCUUUGACCCAGAAUUUGCAACUCACUGCAUGUACUUGUGAAACUUCUGGUAGUGUGCUAGUUUUUAGAUGAUGAUCUGUGAAUGUGAAAAUGAAUGUCCUCUAAAUGCUAAACAGGGCUUAUUUUGGAUGGAUCCGUUCAUACCAUCUGUGUAUAAACCUUGUAUGCAUCAGCGUUAGACUUUGCGUAUUUAGUGGCUUCAAUUAUUUGUUAUUUUGCAUUGUUUAUGAUGUGCUUGUAUCUUGACUAUUCUUUACCUAUUUGACUUGCUUACAAAAAUGAUUAAAACACCAAAAGACAAGUAGCUAUGUAUGUUCUAUUCAUUCUAAGUUACUCAAUUCAGAUUGCACCUCGAUUACCUUUUUGACCGCAUAAUAACUAGGUUCUCUUUUCACCUUUUCAAGCAUUUUCUAUAAAUCUGAUCUUCCAGAACAGUAAGCAUGCAGUUAUUACACUUUUUUCUUUACAGAUGCAUUUGGUACAGUUUAACUUUAUGAGACAUUGCUUCAAUAUGCUCCGUUGUUGUGUUGGUGAGUUUGACUUGUAUGUUAAAAUCAGGUGUGUAAAAUUUCACUGUCAAAAAGCCAUCAUGCUUUAUAUCUAAUUGAAUAGUAUCUUGCUGAACUUUGCUGUAGAGUCAUGUCAUUACACUAAUAAAUCCACCUUAAAUAUA